UUCAAUUGAAGUCAAUUCAAUUCAAGAAAGUUAUUCAAGAUCCCGAGAGUUUCCCUCGUCUUAUAUCAAUAUGCGCAUCCAAUACCAGCUCCUAGCUCUACUAGCGCCAUUCACAACACUCGCUACGCCAGCGAAAGAGUUCGGUUACGAUCCUGCGCCACUGAAGCAUGAACAUCCCGGACAGCUGUUCAAUCAUGUGAAUAGGAAGUCGAAGUGUUUGAGUGGGGUGUUGACGGAUACGAAUUCGACGGGGAGGUUUGACAGUGUUGGAGGGAUAAAUACGUAUCUCGCGUAUCCAAAAUCGAAGAAGACGGAUAUUGCGAUUUUGUAUUUGACGGAUAUUUUUGGGGUCCAACUUGUUAAUAAUAGAUUGCUAGCAGAUAGUCUGGCUCUUGCUGGGUAUUUCGUAGUGGAGCCUGAUCUAUUCAAUGGAGACCCAAUCGGCGUCGAUCAAUUGAAUGACCCAAGCUUCAACAUAACCGCCUGGCGUGAACGACAUCCUCCUGCGGCGAUUGAUGCCAUUGUCACUUCAACCAUUGCAGCUAUGCGAGGAGACCUGGGCGUUAAGAAGAUUGGAGCUGUUGGUUAUUGUUUUGGAGGCAAAUACGUCGCACGUUUCCUCGCCCCAGGAAAAGGUCUCGAUGCAGGGUUCACAGCCCACCCCAGUGCUGUCGUAGCCGAAGAAUGGCAGGCGGUCGCCGCACCAUUGACCAUUGCGUUUGGAGAACUCGACGCAUCAAGCACACCCUCCCAACGAGCCGCCGCCGAAGCGAUCUUCACAUCCACCAACAUCACUUUCCAGACGAACCUCUAUUCAAACGCUGAGCAUGGUUUUGCUGUGCGGACGAAUCUGUCGGAUCCUCAGAAGGCGUUUGCCCAGGAAAGUGCGUAUUUCCAGGCUGUGAGGUGGUUUGAUGCUUGGGUGAAGUGAGGUGAGAUGAGGGGGGACGAGGGGAAUGGAGUGGUAUGGUGUGGAGUGGAGUGGUGGUAAUUUUUAAGUAGCGGUAAUAUUCAAUAUUCACUGCGUUAAAUCAGCAGUACAAAGACAGCUCAGAGCCGAGCGAUAACUUCACGGCAAACCUCUUGUAUAUUACUUAUCUACUGAUCUCAGUCUUGUUGCUUAAUAGCCGCAAUAGAUACAUGUGGCAUUGCAUUCCCCGUAUCCCGCU